AUGGGCUCCGUUGACGCAUACAAGAAGCUGCAAGUGCUCCUCGUGGGCUCGGGAGGCAUUGGUACCAUGGUUGCCUACGCCCUCGAGAAAGGAGGCAAAGCCGAGGUAGCCGCGGUUCUGCGGUCCAACUUUGAGACUGUUUUCGAGAAUGGUUUUACCAUUCACUCGGUCGACCACGGUGAAGUCUUGGACUGGCGCCCAACUUCAAUUCUUGAUAGUAUCCCAUCUGUCAGCGAGGAGUCAUGGAGAGCCCCCUACGACUACGUCAUCGUCACCACCAAGAACGUACCCGACAUCCCGCCUCAAAUCACUGAUAUCAUCGCGCCUGCCAUUACGCCCGGCCACACUGCCAUCGUCCUCAUCCAAAACGGCCUAAACAUCGAGCGUCCCUUUUUCUCCGCCUUCCCCGCCAACCCCAUCCUUUCCGGUAUCACCUUCAGCGGCGCCAUCGAGUCGCCCCCAGGCACCAUCAACCACCACAACCACGAACGCACCUUCAUCGGCGUCUUCGACAACCCUAUCGCAGCCUCAUACAGCCAGAAAUCCAGGGCCAUUGCCGCCGCCCGCCGCCUCGUCGACGCCUACACCGCCUGCGGCCCCGAGGUUGACUGCACCUACGAGCCGGACGUGGCUUACUCCCGCUGGCGUAAGCUGCUGUACAACGCCUCGUACAAUGGCGUGGCCGCGAUUUUGGGCAUGGACACGUCACGCAUGCGCUUCACCGAGCACAUCAUCGACGACUUGAUCCGGCCGUUAAUGCAGGAGAUCCGAGCGACGGCAAAAGCGGCGGCCGGCGUAGAGCUCGAGGAGAAGCUGGUCGAGACGAUGAUCACGGCGGACGUGUAUGAUAAGUUCUUUAAACCGAGCAUGCUGCAAGAUAUGGAGAAGGGUAAGUUUAUCGAGUUUGAGAACCUCGUAGGCGAACCGCUCAGGGAGGCAGAGAGGGUUGGGGUGGAGACGCCGACGCUUAAGGUUGUCUAUGGAUUGUUGAAGGGUCUGCAAUUUAAGGCAGGGGAAAGAAACUUGGAGGAUGUGGUGGUGCCGCGGAGUGGUGAGGGAUUGAGGUAUGGAGGUUGUGGGAAGUCUUGA